CAAUAAGUGAAAGGUGGAAGUGAUAAAAGGUAAAAUAUAUUAUAUGUUCAAGUAAAUGUUAUAUGUUAUAAUUAAGACAAAGUCUUUGUGCCUCUGUCUAUACUUCUACAGGCAUAGUUGGCCUCAGGGCUGAGCUUCUGUAAGUGAAUUAUUUUUUCUGAUUUGCCAUUUCUCUCUAUUUCUCUCUAUCUCUGUUUUACCGCAAUUGACAUUUUGACUGUUAGCAUAUUUUGUUUUUGUAACAUUGUUGUUGGCGGUUUUAAUUCAGAAAUCUCACUGAAUGCGACAGCCUUUCUAAAACUCAGACAUCUGCUGUGACAGUUCAAGCAAAGUCCAAAGUUAUGAGGGAAGUUCUGUGUGCCUUGUUCAAAUGAGUCUCGUUACCAGAACAAGCUGAAGUACUUCUUGUAACUGUAAUCUGUAAUAAAAUAGGAUCAGGUCAUUAAGUAUUUAAGUUUCAUUUGUGUUUGCUAAAAAUAUAUGUGCUUUUAUUUGAAGGCGCUUGAAGAACCCCCGAGGGACAAACGGGAAAAAUGAAACUUAAGGAGAAUUAUUCUUAUCCUUAGCUUUAUAAUAUAUCAGUUUGAAGUAGAUUAUUCCCUCUACCGGCAUCUAGACAACAAUGUUUGUGUUUGUUUUGUUCGUACUUUACUUCGUAGAAUGUUUGUGUUGUACAUGCUAUGCAUGGUAUGAUAUUCUAGGCAUUACGUUUAAGAUAAUGUCUGUUUUAUGUUUUAUGUUAGUUAGACGGUGAUGGUGAUGGUGGUGGAAUUGAAGCGAAAUCUACAAUAAACCUGGGUGAGGAAACCACUGGUGUCUGUGCCUGGAGGGAAUCAUACAUCUGCAGAGGAAACCGUCCGUCCACAUGUCUGCAGCAGGCAGUAGUCUCCUCCACCAAGAAACAAGACACACGCUUCACACUGACUGAUGACAAGCUGUCAACAUUCACAGUGAACAUCACCAGUCUGACCCAACAGGAUUCUGGGUCGUAUCUUUGUGGAGUCCACACAAACACAGGCCUUGAUUUUUUCUCUGCUGUUGAUCUGGAGGUCAAAGGUGAGGGGUCACUGUUGUCUUAUACAUCAUCUGGUGAAACUUACUGUAGUGUAUUUUAAAUAUUGUUCAUUUGCAUUAAUCUCUAGUUUUUCAAAGCACCUGUGAUCUGAAGGUAUUAUACUGUACUAUGGCGGUUGGUGGUUUGAUCCCAGGACAAGGACACUUCACACUACUGUAGCUCCACAGAGGUCACCACUGGCAACCUGCUGCUCCCUCAUGCAGAGGACAUCUAAUAACUAUACAGUGUCCUCAUCCACCACAACAUGAGACAAACAGGAAGUUCCUCUGUAAGGGAGACCACCACAGGAACUGCACAGACAUGAUGACUGACACCAGGUUCAAUCCUCUGUAUCUGUGUGCUUCAAUACAGAUCCCAAAGUGCCAUGUGCAGUAUGUGAAAAGCACAGCUGAGCAGUCAGCUGGAGUUAUGAUGGUUUCUCUGUACCACCUCACAACAAAAACAAGUACAUUUUAUCAGAACAAAAAGUAAAACAAAUUAAAAUGCAGAAGUGAAAGUGAAAAGUUUGACAGAGGUUGUGGGUGGAACAUUUCUGUGUUAGAAAACAGUCUGGUGAAUGUUCUAUUUCCUCCAAGAACCUGACGAUGCAGCGCCUUCAAAUGCUGCUCUUCUUCCUCAUUGCUUCUCCCUGUUUUGUGACCAGCACAAGACCGUUGAUCCAUGUGUUUGGAUAUGAAGGGAGAGAAGCCAAAGUCUCCUGCUCUUAUGAUGCAGGAUAUGAGGAUUAUGAGAAGUACCUGUGCAGAAACGGCUGUGGCAGUAAUGAUGUUCUCAUCACAACGACAGAAGCAAAGAAGAACAGAUUCACUAUCAGCGACGAUAUAAACAAGAAGGUUUUCACAACCACCAUCUCUAAUCUUCAGUAUCGUGAUGCAGGAAAAUACUGGUGCGGAGUGACAAUAAGUGGAAUACUAGCAGAUUACUACCCUGCUGAAGUCAGUCUGGAAGUGGUAAAAGACACUUGCUGUGACAGUUCCACCAAAGUCCAAAGUUAUGAGGGAGGUUCUGUGUUCAUUGUUUGUCCAUAUGAGUCUCGGUACCAGAACAACCUGAAGUACAUGUGCAGAGAAAACCGUACGUCCACAUGUCUGCAGCAGGCAGUAGUCUCCUCCACCAAGAAACAAGACACACGCUUCACACUGACUGAUGACAAGCUGUCAACAUUCACAGUGAACAUCACCAGUCUGACCCAACAGGAUUCUGGGUCGUAUCUUUGUGGAGUCCACACAAACACAGGCCUUGAUGUUUUCUCUGCUGUUGAUCUGGAAGUCAAAGAGUGGUGCUGUGUGAAGUCAAACAAACUAAGAGGCUCUGUGGGACAUCCAUUAACUGUGCAGUGUCCCUAUCCACCACAACAUGGGACAAACAGGAAGUUCCUCUGUAAGGGAGACCACCACAGGAACUGCACAGACAUGAUGACUGAUACCAGGUUCACUCUGCUGGAUAUUGUUUCUACCAGCUCUUUCUUGGUGAUGGUCUCAGAGCUGGAAGCAGGUGAUUCUGGGACGUACUGGUGUGGCUCAGACUCACACUGGAGCUUUGGAAACUACACCAACAUCCAACUGUCAGUAGAUGUUGCUGCCUUUAACGUUGUGGUUUUCAUUGUACCUGCUGUGCUGGUGUUUGUUCUGAUAUUUGUGAUAGUCAUGGUGUGUAAACACAAAUGUCACAAAGGAAAAGCAACUGGAGCCAACUGGGAAUUAGGCCAACAACAACACAAGGCUGGAGAUGAGGAUGAAGUGAUCAGUGAAUCUGAUAUUUAUGAAAAUCAAGACGUGGUCGGGUCCUCUAAACAGAGGAAGUCCAAACAGCAGAACAGCUGCUCCCAUUAUGAUGCAGGUGGAGCCCAGCAGGACUUGAUGUAUGAAAACUUCAAUACAACUGAAGACAUCUACCUUAAUGAAGUUUACCGUAAUGUCAAUAAGAGAUGAGCACUUUGCACAUCUACACAUUAUCCAGUUUGUAAUAUCUUUGUUAGUAACUAGAGAGCAACAUAUAGUCCAGUGUGUAUCCCCGUGGCUUUAUUUAACCUGUGUAUACUGUUAAUUACCUAGGUCAGUUCAGAAUCAGCAUCUAUCAACAAUCUUCAUUAUGGACCCAUUCUGUUAUACCUUUGUGCUACAUAUACUAAGAAUAAGAAUAAGAAAACAUGUACUAGUCCCACAAUGGGGAAACUCCGGAAAACCUAAACCCUGCAAUAAAUACAGAUUGAAACAAAAACUCUCUACAGAGAAACAAUCUGCCAGCAGAACCAGGCUCAAUUUGGGCGGCAGCUGUCGGCCUCGAAAUCUUGGGGUGAGAUGAUAGAAAAGAGAAAAAACCACAACAACAAAAACUGGACACAAUAAGAAUGGUUGGACCACAGACUGGACAAUAGAGACACAAAGUUAUAAUUCUAAAGAUACCUGGACAAUAAAAAACAGAGGCAGAAUCCCAACAGCUAUAAGCUAUAAGCAGGUUGGUGGAUAGAAUAGAUAAAAAAAUUGAGGUCAGUGUGUGAACAAAGACACCUAGCAUCCUAAGUAGCAGCGUACCCCUCUCUAGAAAAGGUUUUCAGUCUAUGAUGCAGUGUUUCUGAACCUAGGUUAUUCAAUUCAAUUCAAUUUUAUUGAAUUGAAAUCACAACAAAGUUAUUACAAGGCACUUUACAAAGUAAGGUUUAAAACCUCACACAACUAAACCCAACAAAUCCCACAUACAGCAAGCAUUUAAUUUGACAGCAACAGUGGAGAGGAAAAACUCCCUCUCUAACGAGGAAGAAACCUCCAGCAGAACCAGACUGGAUGUGGGCGGCCAUCUGCCUCGACCGGUUGGGGUGAGAGGAUAGAGAGAUAGAAAAGCACAGCAACAGCAAGAAGAAAGAAGAAACCUCCAGCAGAACCAGACUGGAGGUGGGCGGCCAUCUGCCUCGACCGUCCAGUAGCACAACUACUGGACAAAAAGAGACAAGGUUAGUUAAACAUGGGACAGUGAUGGGAGGUUAUGGGACAGAGGAGGUAGAAGGAAACAGAGGAGCUCAGUGUAUAAAUUAAGUCCCCCAGCAGUCUAUGUCUAUUGCAGCUUAACUAAGAGAUGGUUCCUGUGACUAACAAUAAUUGCCAGUGACCUGAACCAUCUCUAACUAUAAGCUUUAUCAAAAAGGAAGGUUUUAAGCCUAAUCUUAAAGGUGGAGAGUGUGUCAGCUUCUCGAACCUGAAGAGGGAGCUGGUUCCAGAGGAGAGGAGCUUGGUAGCUAAAAGCUCUGCCCCCUGUUCUACAUUUAAACACUCUAGGAACCACAAGUAGCCCAGCGCUCUGAGAACGAAGUGUUCUGCUGGGAGCAUAAGGAACGAUAAGGUCUUUAAGAUAAGAAGGAGCUUUAUCAUUGAGUACUUUGUAUGUGAGUAGGAGAAUUUUAAAUUCUAUCCUACAUUUUACAGGCAGCCAGUGCAGAGAAGCUAAUGUAGGAGAAAUGUGAUCUCUCUUUCUAAGUCCUGUCAGAACUCUGGCUGCAGCAUUUUGAAUGAGCUGUAGGCUUUUUAAGGAGCUGUUAGGACAUCCUAUGAGUAAGGAGUUACAGUAGUCCAGCCUAGAGGUAACAAAUGCAUGGAUCAGUUUCUCUGCAUCGCUCUGAGAGAGGAUGCUUCUGAUUUUAACUAUAUUUCUAAGGUGGAAGUAGGCGGUUCUUGAGAUUUGUUUAAUGUACGAUGUAAAAGAGAGAUCCUGGUCAAACAUGACACCAAGGUUCCUCACAGUAGAAUCUGAAGCUAAUGUUAUGCCAUCCAGGGUGGCUAUCUGACUCAAUAGUGUCUCUCUCAGAUUUUUAGGCCGAACAAUAAGAAUCUCGGUUUUAUCUGAGUUUAGUUGAAGGAAGUUUUGGGACAUCCAGGAUUUGAUGUCUUUUAAACAACCCUGAAUUUUGACUAGUUGAUUUGUUUCAUUUGGUUCCAAGGACAUAUAUAGCUGAGUAUCAUCUGCGUAAAAAUGAAAAUUAAUAGAAUGCUUUCUAAUAAUCUCACCUAGAGGAGACAUGUAUAGGCUAAACACAAUUGGACCCAGCACAGAACCCUGUGGAACUCCAUAGCUAAUCCUUGUGCGUGUGAAGAAUUUAUCAUUAACAUGAACAAACUGGAAUCUGUUCAACAAAUAGGAUUUAAACCAUCCCAAUGCUGUUCCAUUAAUCCCGAUUCUAUGUUCUAGUGUCUGUAAUAGAAUGUUAUGAUCAAUUGUAUCAAAUGCAGCACUAAGAUCUAACAGGACAAGGACAGAAACUAGACCAUUGUCCGAAGCUAAUAGAAGAUCAUUAGUGACUCUAACCAGAGCUGUUUCUGUGCUAUGAUGUUUUCUAAAUCCUGACUGAAAAUCUUCAUACAGGUUAUUCCCACUAAGGUGGUCAGAUAAUUGUUUAGCCACGAUUUUUUUCCAGAAUCUUGGAAAUAAAGGGUAAAUUUGAAAUGGGCCUAUAGUUGGCUAGUUGUCCAGGGUCAAGGGUUGGUUUUUUCAAUAGAGGUUUGACCACAGCCACCUUAAAAGCCUGUGGUACAUAGCCUAGUUGUAAAGAUUGGUUGAUUUGAUUUAAUAUGGAUGAGCUGAUUAAAGGUAGAACUUCUUUGAGUAAUCUGGUUGGGAUUGGAUCUAAAAGACAAGUGGACGACUUGGAAGAGUUAAUUAUUGAGGUUAACUCCAUAUGAGUUAUGGGGAGGAAGCUGUCCAGGUAAGACAGAGGAUUUGGUAUAUUUAAAGUUGAUGGAUCUAGACAGUGCUUUCUGUCAUUUGGAAGAAGUCGCUGCUGAAUGUUUUUUCUAAUGAUGAUAAUUUUAUUAGUAAAGUAGUUCAUAAAGUCAUUGCUGCUGAGAUUUAAGGGGAUAGUAGACUCAAUACAGCUAUGACUCUUUGUCAGCCUGGCUACAGUGCUGAAAAGAAACCUGGGGUUGUUUUUGUUUCCUCAAUUAGGGAGGAAUAAUAUGUUUUUCUAGCAGCACAAAGUGCUUUUUUAUAUUUCAUUAGACUGUCCUUCCAUGCAAUGCAGUUUACAUUUAUUUUGUUGGAACACCACUGUCUUUCUAGUUGUCUAGUCCUUUGCUUUAGGCUGCGGAUGUCUGAGUUAUACCACGGAGCUAACCUCCUCUGAUUCACUGUCUUCUUCUUCAGAGGAGCCACUGUGUCUUACAUUGUACGUAGAGAAGCUGCAGCAUCAUCUACAAGACAGUCAACCUGUUCAUAAGGAUUAAGGUGACAGUUCUCUGUGUAUCUACAAGACAUUGAGGCAAAAGAUGAUGGAAUCAUCUGCUUGAAUCUGGCAACAGCGUUGUCAGAUAAACAUCUGCUAUAGUAACAUUUCUUUCCAGCUGUCAGGUGAGUCAGUCUUUGGGGUUCGGUGGAAGACACAAGACACGCCCCUGACUCAUAUGAUUCAUGAUUACACGCCCACUUGGCGAUCAUUGACUGCAGAUGAUCCCGCUACAUUGUUUGGCCGAUCUGUAUGGGGUGCCGAAUGUAAAAGGAGCACCUAUAACUAGUUUUCUCACAUUUAACUAAAUGACACAACAUGUUUUCUCACAUUUAGUUAAAUGUGCAAAAGUCUAAAUGUAAAUGUUAAAUGUUAAACGUAAAUGUUAAAUGUAAAUGUUAAAUGUUAAAUGUAAAUUUUAAAUGUAAAUGUAAAUGUAAAUGUUAAAUGUUAAAUGUUAAAUGUAAAUGUUAAACGUUAAAUGUUAAAUGUAAAGGUUAAAUGUUAAGUGUAAAUGUUAAAUGUUCGCCGAGUGUAAACUGAAUAUUCAUGAAUGUGCAAGUAGACUCCACCCCUACCCUCAUAGGUCUCAGAUCAGACACGCGAACUCAAUCACCUCAAACAGUGCGCGCAAACCCCGCCCACAUGUGAUCUGGAAACUUUUGUUUUUAGUCUGGACGUAACUUCGGCUAGCUAGUAUAGUUAGCCAACUAAUUCUCCACCGGCGCCACAGAAAUAUUCUUUUUAAACCUACUUGACUCCUCAAUAAUGGUGUUUAUGACAGAACAGCAGUUUGAAGCGGAGCCUCAGCCCGCACACCUGCCGUUACAGCCCGUUCAAUCUCCCCCAACUGGAGGGAGUCGGAGCUGGCGGCCAUGAUGGCUUCGACUUCAGGCUUCUCUCCAGUAUUGUCGUCCACCGAUCCAGAGUCAGAUGUGGGCGGAGCUAUGCGUACUGUUUGACGUGUUUGAGUCCGCGUCACUGAUCUAGGAUAAUAGGGGGUGGAGCCUACUUAAAUAUUCAGUUUGAUCAUUUGACAUUUACAUUUAGCAUUUACAUUUAGAUUUAACAUUUAGAUUUAACAUUUAACAUUUAGAUUUACAUUUACAUUUUUAUUUAACAUUUACAUUUAACAUUUACAUUUAGACUUUUGCACAUUUAACUAAAUGUGAGAAAACAUGUUGUGUCAUUUAGUUAAAUGUGAGAAAACUAGUUAUAGGUGCUCCUUUUACAUUCGGCACUCCAUAGAUCUGUACCACAGAGAGUUUGGUGUCAGUUUUGUCAUACAUACAAUAAUUAUCAUUUUUAUACGAUAGUUUUGGGGUCUGUACGAUCUACGAUAUCGUAGAGCCAAUAUACGAUAGUUUUGACACUGCUGUUCGUCAUGUUUUGAUUUCGUUUCGAUUGACGCGCACAUCAGCAGAAACUGUUUUCACUCGUAGCUGAUUGGCUCCUCCCCUCUGUCAAUCACAUCAGCAGCGCUGCUGAUUGGUUCAAUGAUCUGUUCCUCUGUGUUUGCACAUUUGCACUUUUCAUCCAGCAUCAUGACAAAAGCGAAAACAAGCAAGCAUGAGUUCAGCACCGAAGUAAACUAGUAAAAGAAAAGACUCUGGUGGUGCAGAGACUGUUAGGUAAACCAAGCGUCUGUCUGUGAGUCAAAGGAGCCGUCGCUAUUUUUGAGGUGUGCGAUUCGUGCAAUAGUUACGGUAACAGUGUUGCGAUCACCGAGAAGAGCGGAGACACUCAGUCUAAUGAGCAACUGAGGCGAUAUUAGGAUUAAUAUCGUAAGGAGACGAAGCAAAUUUAAGAAAUUAUGGAAUUUACAGUGAAUGUUUAAAAAACUGAAACUUGGUUUUGAAUAAAAUGACUGAAAUUGGUACAUCAUUUCUUUACAGUUCUACUUAGUAAUACCUCGAUUACUACCACAGCAAAUAUCAAACACUUUUACUGAUUAGUUUUGGAGAAAUCCAUCAAUAAAAUAUCAUACUGUACAUUGAAUGGACAUCAAUAUCUAAACUUUACCUUUAAUAACUCUUUCUCAUAUUGGUACAUCACCGUUCCUUCACAGUUCUUCUUAGUACAUCAUGGACUACUAAUACAGCAAAUAUCAAAAACUUUUCCAUCAAUAAACUAUCG